GGAUAUAUGUCGGUGGAUAGUUGUUAUUGGACUAGAGCUAAAAAUUGUCCGCUGAUUUCAUAUAUUUAAGUUUUCGGCUGCAUGCAUAUCUCGGAUGAAGACAAGAAAAGAACAUGAGGAGAGUACGAAACCAUAGCUUAUAGGUCUGGACUUGAUUUUGUAUGAAAUAAUAAUACACAGGUGCGGCUGAUCGGCAAGACUGAAUUGGGAAUAAUUUCAGGGCACAAUACAGUGGGUAAUGCAAUGCUACAUUGAUCGUAGUUUGCAUCGGUCUUGCAUCAUGCAUUGAUCUUAUCUUGAUAUCCAUUGUGCAAAAGUUCGUUCUCUUGUCUUGGAACUAGAUCUUUUGCGACUUCAAUUUUCUUUAUUUCAUCCUAUGCUCGAGGCGCGAGAUUGAGCUGCGCCGGUUCGAGCUUUUCAUCUCAUAAUCAACAUAGACGCCCUCGAUUUUCCUCGUUAGUCACCAUGACCCCAGAGAUUCAGAAGGAUGGAGAAGUGAUAUUUGCAAGUCAAGAGACAGGCGCCGCGGUUCCGAUCGAUCAAGAUGUUGAGAAAGAGGAUUUCGAAGAUGAGGUUCCAGGUCAGGUAGCAAAGAAAUGGCGGGGAACGAGAGCCGAUCAACAGGAUAUGGUGGUGUUGGGAAAGAAACAAGUUCUACGUAGAAACUUUAAAUUUAUAACGAUGCUAGGAUUUGCUAGUACAGCUAUGGCAUCUUGGGAACUUUUACUUCCCCUCUUCACAUUCGUCAUGGUUGAUGGAGGGACGGCCGAUCUGUUUUGGGGAUUCAUUGUUGCUGCUUGCGGCAUGUCCUUGGUGUAUGCUAGUAUUGCUGAAAUGGCUUCUAUAUCGCCAACUGCAGGUGGGCAAUACCACUGGGUUUCAGAAUUUGCCCCUCCCAGAAUUCAAAGGCUGCUCAGUUACAUCGUGGGCUGGCUUUCUGCUAUUGGAUGGCAAGUAUAUCUUGCAGGUGUCUGCUUUAUGAUCGGUGGUAUCCUCCAAGGUCUUAUUGCCCUCAAUAAAGCCGACUAUGUCUACGAGCCAUUCCACGCGACCUUACUCGCCAUCGGAGUUGUAACGUUUUCCGUUGUGUUUAAUACUUCCUUGGCUGAACGUCUACCUCUGAUUGAGGGUAUCGUUUUAAUUCUUCACUUGAUCGGUUUCUUCGUUAUUAUCAUUCCGUUAUGGGUAAUGGGACCUCGUGGAGAUCCAUCCACUGUUCUUUUGAACUUUACCAACGAUGGCGGAUGGUCUUCUAAGGGACUGGCAGCCAUGAUUGGACUGGUCAGUCCGAUGAGUGUGUUGAUUGGUUAUGAUUGUUCUGUGCAUUUAUCCGAGGAAAUUCAGGACGCAUCCUGGGUAGUUCCGAGAGCCAUCAUGUGGUCGGUAGGACCCAACGCUACUAUGGGGUUCCUUAUGGCAGUGACUUUAAUCUUCACUCUUGGAGAUCUCGACGCCGUUCUUGCAACUGUGACUGGCCAGCCAUUCAUGCAAGUAUUCUUCAAUGCAACUCAAAGCUACGCCGCGACGAACGUUAUGUGUAUCGUCGUAGUCAUCCUCCUACUAUCUUGCUGUAUCAGUGAAGUAGCCGCCGCUUCGCGCCAGAUUUGGUCAUUUGCUCGAGACGGAGGAUUGCCAGGUUCAGCUUGGUUAUCCAAAGUAUCGCCCGGCUGGAAUAUUCCACUUCGCAGUGUCUGCGUCUCAAUCGCUGUCUCGUCUUUACUCUCACUCAUCAACCUUGGAUCAAGUGUCGCCCUCAACGCAAUCAAUUCUCUCGGUGGUGUUUCAAUUUUAUGUUCUUACUUCAUCACAAUCAGCUGUUUAGUCUGGCGCCGUUUACAAGGACCCCUUCCUCCGCAUCGAUGGUCUCUCGGCAAAUACGGCAUGGCUAUCAACAUUGCUUCUUUGUGUUUCUUAGCACCCAUCACGUUCUUUUCCUUUUGGCCUCUCCAGACACCCGUCACCGCCCAAAAUAUGAAUUGGUCGAGUGUGAUGUUUGUAGCUACGUUAUCUGUGGCGUUGAUUUAUUAUUAUUUUAAGGCAAAGCACGUGUAUACCGCACCUGUGCUUGCGAUGAAGAGACGGGAAUAAAUGAUGCAUACAAGGCUCAUUCGGCGUUAUUCAACUAAAAAUCUCACUAGUUUAUAUGAAGAAACAUUCAUUUGAUGCAAUCAAAAACACGCAAAUUCAUCAUUCAGAAAUCUUAAACAGUAAAUAUGCGUGUUCUCGGCUAAUUCGGAUAUUCUAUAUUGAAAAUUGCAAAUUGUACGUGAAAUAUAUCAACUGUAUAAAGAUCUAAUUGAAAAGCUACCGUCGGUUAUAUAGGUCAAGUGUCUCAUCUAACUUUUCGGCUUUUCGACGUUUCGACUUUUUCACUAAAGUUCUUAAUUUGAUUUAAAAUAUUAUAAAAUUUAAAUUUCAAAACAUAAAUAUUCA